AUGACCGACGGCAGCUAUGACGACGAGGCGCGCCAGCUCGCCAAGUGGAAGCGACGCAUCGCCGAGGACAAGUACAUUCGCGAGCAAGGUCUUCUCGAGCAGUCCAACCUCCUCUCGUAUGCAAUGCACAAGCUGAGCCACCAGCGCGUGCCGCUGAGCCUCGCGGACCGCUAUACGAUCUGGCGCUUGCUCCAGCGCGGCUACGAUGUCAACGAGCGCGACGACUCGGGUGUCCCUCCCAUCGUCCACGCGGCUGCCCAUGGUUGGCUCUUCUUCGUGCACAUGUUUUUAAACUACGACGGCGACAUCAACGUGACGUCGACGAUCCAAGAGACGGCCGUGUGCGCGGCGUGUCGACGCCAGCGCUCAGCGCUUCUUCGAUACCUUGUCUUGCGCGGCGCGGACUUGGACGUGUGUGACAAGUCGGGGUUCUCGUGUCUUCGGUGGGCCACCAAGCACCAAGACGUGGGGAUGCUCAAGGUUCUCUUACGCCACGGCGCGUCCGUCACAAAGGACUGUGGCACGUCCCAGCACUCGGCCAUGGACUGGGCGCGCGACUAUCAGAACGACACGAUGCUAGCGCUUCUCGAGCGGGCCUUGCUCAAGGAGAAGAAAGCGACUCUCGCCAACCUUCAAGCAAAAGUGUCAGCAAAGACAACACGGAAACGUGCCAAACAGGCUGCGGCGACCGAGGCAGAGAUCGCUGUCGAUGCGAUGAAAGAACGCGUUGAGGAUACACCGCUCAGUGUGCGCGAGCGUCGCGCACGGUUGCGCCGCGACCAGCAGCAGCGUGAUCGCAUCGAAGCCCACGCGCGGCACGCAAAAGCGACGUUCCAAGCGCGAACCCAAGCCGUGAUCCAGUCACUUCGGCCGCCAAAGCAUAGGCGGCACAGGCGUCGUCGUGCCUGUGGAGACAGAGUGGCGCAGGGUCAGGCCCAUGCACUGGCAGCUGUGCCCGCUACCGCCCAAGGUCGACACGCAGGCACAAGCGUUUGUAGACCUCAAGCGCAUCCAAGACCUCGCUCGCGCUGCGAGCGAUGACAUCUUGGACGACCCCCCGACACCGCGCCUUCGACGACGAAAAGCGCCUUCGAUGGCCUUCUACUGCCCAACGUAAAAA